UAGUGUUGGUGGUCAAUGUGUUGCUACAGCAGUAACGUAGCGGGCUGCGUACCUUCGUCAUUCAUAUUCACCAGCCUGUCAUUUCGGUAAAUAACGUUUACGUGCGUCCAGUGUUUUUGCUUUUUUUUUCGUUCGGAUGAACAGAGAAUAACCUUCGAGAGCUAUGUCUGGUUCCUGUCCGCCAACGCCGCCGGUCGAUUCGUGCGGAGGAUAUGCAGCCUUUUACCCGGCCGGCUACCAGGCUCUUCACCCUGAAGACCACGGCCUAGACCGGGUCUUUCGGCUCACGGCCUUUUCCGAUAUGAAAGGAUGAGGCUGUAAAGUCCCGCAGGAGACUCUGCUCAAACUCCUGCAGGGACUGGAGCCCGAUCGCCAGACGGGAGAGGAUGGUGGCCCGGGGACGGGUACCGAAGACGAGUCUUCUGAAUUCGGACAACUUGCUUCGGUUCCUCAUGGCCCCCGAUUAGGUAUUGGAAUGGACUCUUGUGUUAUCCCUUUGAGGCAUGGAGGUUUGUCCCUGAUCCAGACCACAGAUUUCUUUUACCCUUUAGUCGAAGAUCCAUAUAUGAUGGGUCGUAUAGCCUGUGCGAAUGUGCUGAGUGAUCUGUAUGCCAUGGGCAUUACUGAGUGCGACAACAUGCUGAUGUUACUGAGUGUCAGUCAGAAGAUGAAUGAUAAGGAGAGGGAGCAGGUGAUGCCAUUAAUGAUGAAGGGCUUCCGUGAUGCGGCUGAAGAGGGCGGGACUUCAGUAACCGGUGGCCAGACCGUCAUCAACCCCUGGAUCAUCAUAGGGGGUGUGGCCACUGUGGUUUGCCAGCCCAGUGACUUUAUCAUGCCAGAUGGCGCCAUACCAGGUGAUGUGCUGGUUCUCACCAAACCCCUUGGAACCCAAGUAGCUGUCAAUGCCCAUCAGUGGUUGGACAAUCCAGAAAAAUGGAACAAGAUCAAGCUGGUGAUCUCAAAGGAUGAGGUGGAACACGCUUAUCAGGAGGCCAUGCUUAACAUGGCUACUCUCAACCGCACUGCCGCCGCACUAAUGCACAAGUUCAACGCACAUGCUGCCACUGACAUCACAGGCUUUGGGAUCAUCGGGCACGCACGGAACCUUGCUAAGCAGCAGCGCAACGACGUGGCCUUCGUCAUCCACAACCUGCCCAUCAUCUCUAAGAUGGCCGCUGUCAGCAAGGCCGGCGGGAACCUGUUCGGUCUGCUGCAGGGGACCUCGUCGGAGACCUCAGGUGGCCUGUUGAUCUGCCUGCCACGCGAGCAGGCGGCGCGCUUCUGCGCCGAGAUGAAGGCGAGCCGGGCGAGCGCGUCGUGUGCGCGGGCUCAGGAGGGCACCGCCGGCGACGGCCAGCAGGCCUGGAUCAUCGGCAUUGUGGAGAAGGGCACGCGCUGCGCCCGCAUCAUCGACAAGCCGCGCAUCAUCGAGGUGCCGUAUCGAGGCGCGGUGGCUGCCACCCAGGAGGGCAACAGUCACGGUGCCAGUCCCCCCGAGGCGCAGGCUGCCCUGGCUUAGUUGCCCCGUGGGCACCUGUACGUCAUGGACAUGACGGGAAUCAUUUAGUUUGUCUGUGUUUUUGUUUGUGUUUUGUUUUUUUUGUUUUUUUCACUUUUUCUCUUAUCCACUCUCUCUUUAUCUCUCUCCCUCCCUCCCUCCCUCUGGGUUUGGCCUUUGAAAGUGUCUGAGUGCUUUGUGAAAUGUGCUGUGUAAUGCAGGCAUGAAUGCGCAUGUAUGAGUGUGUGAAUGCAUGCAUGCAGUUUGAAUGUGUGGAGUAGUGUGCAUGCAGACGAGAGGGAAGAGGGGGUUUGUGGGUUCACCCUGCUGUUCAUUUCUUCCCCCUGUUCAGCCGAUGGGUUGAGAGCAACUGACCAAAAAUUCUUUCUUUUUACCUGGUGGGAGAUGAAGUGGACAGCACAGCCAUGUCCUCCACUGGACAGCACAGCCAUGUCCUCCACUGGACAACACAGCCAUGUCCUACACUGUCCUACACGUGGGAGAUGAAGUGGACAGCACAGCCAUGUCCUCCACUGGACAACACAGCCAUGUCCUCCACUGGACAGCACAACCAUGUCCUCCGCUGCCUGUCCUACACAUGGGAGAUGAAGUGGACAGACAGCACAGCCAUGUCCUCCACUGUUUGUCUUUCACACACUCCCAUUCCUCCUUUUUCCUGCAGUCUUUUCAACCCUCGUCCUUUCACUUCCGGAUCCCAUCUCGGUUUAAUCACCUGUUCCCCAGCUGUGCUCCAUGUUGCCUGCUUGGUCUUUUAUUUAGUCUCUGACAACUUGGCUCUCUCUGGCAUUCUUUCAACUUUUUUCUUUUUCUGAAAAGUCUCAAGUUUAUAGCCUUUAAAACUGUCACACAAAUGGCUUUUUAUUACAUUUGGCUUCUUCCAUUCAAAAGAACAUUCCAUCGUGUUUCUGAAAAGAAAACACCUCUAGCUCAAAUGCUCCUUUUUGUGACAAUCCGAGCCAAUGGUUUGUCUCCAAUUUGUUAGUUAAAAAAAUCUGAAACAUUCAGUCAGCAUACCUCAGAUGAGCUGAAGUGUGGUUAAAGCAAGCCAAACAAGUCUAAUCAUUAACUUGGGUAUAUUUAAUUUAUUUAAUAUUUAAUUUUAGAACUGGUGUCAAAGAAUUGAAUGCUAUAAUCCAAAUGAGUAUCAUUUUCUUGGUGGUUGUUUUGUCUUUCUGAUCAGUUUGAUUUUCUCAUGUGGUUGCCUAAAUGUCAGGAAUGGGUGAAAGGUGUUUAUAUGUGAUCAGCUCAUUAGAAUGUGUCUCAGUUUUCGUGGAUUUGUGACGGAAUAUAUGCGUUCAAACCAAGGCCAUGUUAUCAUGUUAUCUUUGCUGGAGUUACUUUCAAGGUUUAAAGAUAAAGUCACAACUAGCAAUGAUGCUUUAGUUUCCCGACGGAUGUGACUGUUUGUAGCUUUUGGGAGGCGUGUGGAGUGUGGGGGGUUUUUUUUGUGUCAUGUUUGGAAUGGAAUGGUGGUGAGCCUAGAUGUCCUGGUAAUGCUGAGGUGUGCAUCAUUACUCUGUUUCACCGGUGGGUGUCUCCUUGCCCUUUGGCACCGAGAGGGUUGAGCAGCUCUCUUUGACCCAGCGGGUGAGGCCACAACACCUGAAGAGUGUGCUGAAGGGCUGGAGUGGCCCAGAAGUACCCGCCCCUCCUGAUCAUGACGCGUUUCCCUUGAAACCCCAGACCGUGGGGAUUGGAAAAGUUGAUGUAACUGGAAAGGAGGGGUGGAUCCUGGUCUACUCAGCUGCAUCGGUUGGCUCAGGCUUUGUCACGGAGCGAUAUGCCAUCUCAAGACAAUAAAACAAUCAGCAUAGUUUCUCUAAA